AUGUGAAGUUAAAACUGUUCCAAGAGUCRGACUUUGACAGUUUGAGCUCUCUGAUGGUCAGAGACGACAUCGGUCAGCUCGUACUCGGAGCCAGAGGGAAAGUUAUCACGCUCAGUUUGGAUGACAUCACCGACAAGACGAGUCAGGAGUCGUGGACGGUCAGCUCUGAAGAAAAGACUCUCUGUCAGAUGAAAGGAAGGAGCAGUGAAGAGUGUGAAAACUUCAUCAGGGUUCUGCACACAACAGAGGAUGGCAGCAUGCUGGUGUGUGGGACCAACGCUUUCAGCCCCGCCUGCACCUACAUGACUUUUAUGGAUGGAAAACUCACUAUGGAAAACACAACACAUGAUGGCAAAGGAAAAGUUCCCUUUGAACCCUACCAAGAAUUUGCCUCCAUUAUGGUUGGAAACACAUUAUUCUCUGCCACCUCUUCGAACUUCUUGGGAACAGAAAUGGUGUUCCAGAGACACGGGCUGAACCCCAUCAAGACUGAAACCAAACUUUCAUGGCUCAAAGAACCCACCAUGAUUUCCAUCAUCAUUGCUGAAGUGAGUAAAUACUCACUGGACAACGAGGACGACCACGUGUUCCUGUUCUUCACCGAGAACGCUGUCGAAGAAUUUCGAAGCAAUGUCCGCGUUUCGAGAAUUGCACGCGUGUGCAAGAGCGAUUUGGGAGGAGAGAGAAUUUUGCAGAAGAAGUGGACGUCUUUUUUGAAAGCCCGGCUGGAAUGUCCAUUUGGAGAUGCUGGUUCCCCAGCUCUGGUCCAGGAUGUUUUUUUUCUCCAAGAUAAAACCAACUGGACCAACAGCAUCUUCUACGCCACGUUCACCUCCAACCCGGAGCCCUACAGCGUUUCCAUCCAGUCUGCUGUCUGUGCAUACAGACUGUCAGACAUCAGCCGAGUGUUCAGGGGCGAAUUUCUGACCGAGAGCGACACCGGCGGGUGGUACACAUACACAGGAGAGCAGCCUUAUCCUUACCCUGGUUCAUGCAUUGAUGAUGAAAUGCGAGCCAGCGGUGUGACGACAUCCCUGAACCUCUCAGAUGCAACCUUGCUGUUCGURAAGAACCAUCCUCUGAUGGAGGGGCUCAUCACACCCAUGAGUGGCAAACCCCUGCUGGUCCAGGCUGCAACACAAUUCACCAGAGUUGUUGUGGAUCAAGUAACAUCACCAGAUGGACGACAACACCAUGUCAUCUUUAUUGGCACAAACUCUGGUUGGCUGCAGAAGGUGGUGAGGUUUGGUGGUGAAGAAGGACGCAUCGUGGAGGAGUUCCAGCUGUUUCAGGAGACUCAGUUUAUUGACUUUCUUCAGCUCUCCUCCAAAACUGGACAGCUGUACAGCGGCGGCAGAAACACUGUUGUUCAAAUAGAUGUGAGCGAUUGUAGCCACUACUCAUCGUGUGACGACUGCCUUCUCGUCAGAGACCCAUACUGUGGCUGGGACUAUAGCAGAAACCACUGUGAUACUGUUGUUGGAGCAUCAAAUGUUCCCAUGAUUCAGGACCUCAUAGAGGGCAACACCAGCCUGUGUCCAAGCUCUGAUUUGAAAAAUCCUUUCAUCACUCUUCACCUCGUUCCUGGCAUCGCACAGUUCCUCGCGUGCWCGCCCGACACAAAUCUUCCAGUCAGCUGGCGCCUCUCCGGUGCCAUCCUCCAUCUUGGUCCCCGACACCAUCUGCUCAGCCAGGGUCUCGUCAUCUGGCCCUCUUCUUCCGACGCUGGCCUCUACACCUGCGAGACGGUAGAAACCGUGAAAGGCAGAGAGCACAGGAAGGCUGUGGUCCAGUAUCUCGUCACCGUUUCCUCCGCCGGCGUCAUCGACUUGCAAACAGCUGUCAUCAUCCUGACGUGUUUCGUUGCUUUCCUCGUUUGCCUCACGGGCGUAGCAUGCCUCAGGGCAACAAAACUAAAGCGCGUUGGAAACCAAAUCCGCAGCAGCUGUCAGGAGAGCGCUUUUCAUCAAUGUGAUCAGGUAAAUCAGAGACACGAGGACCAGGGUCUGCAUCAGCRUGUGAGGGAUGCUGGUCCUCAGGGAGCUGGAGUCAGAGAAGAGAGUGGGAACCGAUAAUCACAUCAGCCUCACAGAUACAUGAGCCUGGUUGUCUCCUUGUUUCAGUGCUUUAUACAGAACACUUACUCAAACUGCUUGAUAAACCUGAAUUGUAAUAAUUGUUAAAUAUUGCAAAUGUUUUGAUUCAGCAGUUUUAAAUACAUUGUUUUUGUAUUUCU